AUGAGGCUUUCUGUAACCCUGACACCUUUGAUGAUCCUCCUUCAGGGUGUUCUGCCUCUCACGCUGGCCCAAGAAAGGAUGCUGCGCUUCGUCACGCUGGUGUAUCGCCAUGGUGACCGAUCCCCCCUGGGCACCUACCCCACAGAUCCCCACAAAGCAGCAGCCUGGCCGCAAGGCUUCCAGCAACUCACUGAGAUAGGUAUUUUGCAACAGAAGGCACUGGGACAGUUCCUCAGAGAGAAAUAUGCUGGCUUUUUGAGUGCGUCCUACAAACCACAGGAGAUAUACAUCCGCAGCACUGAUUAUGACCGCACCAUAAUGAGCGCUCAAGCCAACCUGAUGGGACUGUAUCCAAGCUCAGAUCCAGAGAUCGGUUGGCGACCUGUCCCCAUCCACACAGUGCCUAUUAAGUAUGACAAGCUGCUGAAGCCACCAACCCGAACCUGCCUACGAUACCAACAGUUGAUGGAAGAAACAAUUAAGUUGCCAAGCUAUCAGGCUAGAAUGGAAAGCUGGAAGGGUUUCGUAACAGAGACGGCCAAUUGUACAGGGCUUAAAUUGGAGCAGCUGACCCUGAGGGGCCUUUGGAGAGUGCAUGACUCUCUCUUCUGUCAGAAAACACACAACCUGACCUUGCCUAGCUGGGCCACACCACAAGUCCUGGCCACGCUGUCAGAGAUAGAAGCAUUUAAUGUUGAAGCCCAUGUGGGAAUGCAUGCAAGCCAGGAGAAGGCCCGAUUUACUGGAGGGUUGUUACUUGGCGCUAUCCUGAGCAACUUCUCCAAAAUUGUGAGCCGAGAUCUUCCCCUGAAGAUGAUUGUGUAUUCAGCUCACGACAGCACCUUAAUUGCUCUGCAAGGAGCCCUGGGCAUUUACAAUGGCCACCCCCCACCAUAUGCUGCCUGUCAUGGGUUUGAAUUCUACCAGGAAAACAAUAACUCAUUCAGCGUAGCCAUGUUUUACCGGAAUGACAGCAGUCAGCAGCCCCACCCACUAGCUCUGCCUGACUGCCCCACACCUUGCCCUCUACAACUUUUCACCCACCUCACUCAUACAGCCAUCCCACAGGACUGGGAUGCUGAAUGCCAAAACGCUUCAAGAGGCACAGGGCACACUGUAACAGCACUGGCUGCAGCAGUAGGCCUGCUGAGUGUGGCAUUAAUUGGAGUGGGAAUCUUGUACUGGAGAAGGUGAUGUGAAAGAAGAUGGGCUAAUGGCAACUGCCAGUUCCCCUCUCUGCAGGAUACAACAGCCUUUCAACAUUCUGGGAAGGAAGUAUGGUCUACUGGCUGGAGCAAGGGGGUGCCGACUGAAGACUCCAUUCACAGAAGUUUAUGGUAGAAAUCUCAAUGGACAUUGACCCUAACAGCACUCACAAAAGGCAAAUUCACUUUGGGAACUGUUAGGAAAGAUUGAAAAAUAAAGCAGCCAGCAGGGCAAUUCCAUGUUAAGUCUAUGGUGCACCUGUGUAUGUGCAGUUCAGUUCACCUAACCAAACGCAUGCCAUGAUUAUAACCUGCAAGUGUUGCUUUGAGUCUGAUACAGCAAGGCAAUUAUUAAAUUUAGUAUGGAAUCUGCUCUAGCAAACACAUUUUGUAGCUGUUUUCCAUGGAGCCCAGUUUCUAGUCUGCUUCCCAGCAGUGAGGGGGUUGAAGAUAGGUGGGCAGGAUACAGCAGAUAUUUGUUUUAUUUAAGGCAUUUAUAUAUUAAUCAUUAGCAUUUCUAAAUGGUCUAAAUAAAAAUAGA